AUGCAAAUCGUAGAAGAUGAUCCUUUUCAUAACAAAACCUCCAAAGUGGUAACAAAUAAAGCUAAUAAAGUCCAAGCCAAAGAAGAAAUUUCUAAUGACAGGAUAAAAAAGAGAUCACUAAAACGAAGUCAUCCUCAAGUCUUAGACAAAAAUGAUACUGAAUUUUCUAGUGAUGAUCCUGAGCAG